UUCCCAUUUCAUUUGACAAUUUAUGUCAAAAGUAUUUGCAUUUCAGUUCUAAUUUAUUUUUAUUUAAUAACAAUGAACUUUAUGCUGAGAUCCGCAUUUCGAAGAUUACCUGUCUUAGUAGAGUACCAAUGUAAAAAAUUAUUAGCUCCAAUACCAGUUCGUACAAUAACAAUUAAAGUUAUCAGUCCUCAUUCAAGCCAAUGUGACGCUGUCCCCGAGAAUCACGAUGACCGAAAUAUGAGACUCGGAAGGCCCAUGUCCCCACAUUUGUCGAUAUAUAAAACUCAAUUAACAAGCAUGUUAUCGCUCGCUCACCGAACUACAGGUAUAUGGUUAAUGGUAUACACGUGGAUUCUAGCAUUUGGCUCUCAUGUUAUCGAUUUACCCCAGUUUAUAGAAUUUUUACAUGGAGUGAAUUUUCCGGCUAUUUUAAUUAUUGUCUUGAAAUUUAUAUUAAGUUUCCCCCUUAGUUAUCAUUUGUCAAACGGUUUGCGCCACUUCUUCUGGGACAUGGGUGCCAUGUUAGAUUUAAAGAAGGUUUAUAGUUCUGGUUAUGCAAUGUUGGCUGCUAGCUGCGCUGGGUCCGCUUUUUGUGCUACCCUUUGAACACUCAUUUCAAAUCUUAUAUUAUUUUACUGUAAAACUGUAUUCAAUGACAAUUAUUUCAAAUUUUUUAUUGUAUAAAAAAACAUCUCUUCCAUGUUUUUUUUUCUAUUUCAUUAUUAAAAUGCUACAGGCAUAGAGUAUGGAGGAGAGGUUCCCUUUUUACUUAUUUUUACUGAUAGAAGGAGCGGGGGAAACCAUAAGACUUGUAUAAGAAAAGAACUGUAAAAUACCUAAUUAAUAAUUUCAAAUAAUACU